AGAAACCUAAAUGGACCAUUUUACUCCUCAUUUUAUUUGUCAAUAUGAGUCAAAAUUUCAAUUUCAAUGUUGACUAAUGGAAUUCUGGACAGAAUCUGUCCAAUGGACUCCGGCCGUCAUUUAAAGUGAAAGGUUUGGAAUUGCAGCCGUAUAAAUAAUAGGUUAAGGUGUAUUCUACAAUAAAAAUGAAAGAUUUGGGACUACGCUGCAAUUUCCCCUUUCUAUACAUAUUUCGCGUCAGAAAGCUCACUCUGCUCCGUUUUAUUGAGAAGAAAAUUCAAAACCCCGAAAGAGCUGAAUUUCGUUCCACGAUCACAAGCUUUUUAAUCUGAAUUUUCUUUGUAUUACUGUAUUACAAUGAUGUUGCGGUGUUUGGUGGCCGCGUUCAUUUUGACGAUGGCUGUAUGUGGCAGCGCCGCCCAGGAAGAGGCGGCUCUUGUCUCCCGAAUUGCCUUCGGAUCCUGUGCCAACCAAAGCACUCCCCAGCCUAUAUGGGAUGCUAUUAUAAACUUCAAACCCCAAGUUUUUGUGUGGUUGGGUGACAACAUCUAUGGGGAUCUUCGACAUCCCUUCAAGCUCUUCGGCAAGGAAAGGACAAUUGGGCCGUGGAAAAAUGUUCCCAGGUUUACACCAACCUCGGAGCAUGAAAUGCGGCACAAAUAUCAGAUUGCCAAGGCUAAUCCUGGUUAUUCUCGUCUUCGAGAAAGCACGAAGGUUGUUGGCACUUGGGAUGACCAUGAUUAUGGGUUAAAUGAUGCAGGGAAAGAGUUCACCAGAAAGGUCACAAACCAGAGGCUUAUGUUGGAUUUUCUAGAUGAACCUCAAGAUAGUCCACGGCGCAAGCAAGCUGGUGUUUAUGCAUCCUACACAUUUGGCCCUGCGGGCAAACAAAUAAAGGUUAUUCUUCUAGAUACGCGAUAUCAUAGAGAUCCGCUAGCUAGUGAUGGAAACAUCUUGGGGAGUUCACAAUGGAAAUGGUUGGAGGAGGAGUUGAAUGCACCUCCUACGGCCAUUACUGUUAUUGGAUCUUCUAUUCAGGUCAUAUCAAACCUGUCAGCAACAACUGGCCCCUUGCUCCAGGUUGAGUCCUGGGGACGUUUUCCGAAGGAAAGGACUCGUCUUUUUAAGUUGUUAGCUGACAGUAAGAGGGAAGCUGUAUUCUUCAUAAGUGGUGAUGUUCAUUUUGGAGAAAUUACUCGAUAUGAUUGUGCCACCGAAUAUCCAAUUUAUGAUGUAACCUCUAGUGGGCUCACUCAAGCCGUGGAGAAGGCUGUCCCUGCACCUCUGCAUUUUGUAGUGAGAUUGUUGGCUUGGUUAACACCAACUACAAUGCGGGUGAUGGACAAAAGCUGCAGAUACAGUUCAUGCACAUAUGGGAGGCCAAAUUUUGGAACCAUCGAGAUUAAUUGGAAUACAACUCCUCCAAAAUUGAAACUUGAAGUGCGGGAUGAAAAUGGAUUGCCCGUCAUUGGUUUGAAUAUCUCAUUGUCACAACUUCAGGUCCCAAAGAAGGAAACUAAAGUAAAAAGGAAUGAAGGAAAGUAUCAGAGGCAUUGUUCUCUUGAAGUUGAUCUACCAUGGAUUGUUAGAUAUCGAUUAGCUAUCAUCUUUUUUGGUGCUGCAGCUGUGUUGCUUGUCGCUUUGAUAGGACUUGUUUAUGCUGUUAUAUUAUUCUGCAUGCACUGCCUCCACAAACACAAGCUUGAUUGAUGAACUGAGAUGCUUCGCUAAUUACAGUUUCACAAGAUAUGGGACAUAUUAUGUUUUCUGCUGGUAUGUAGUUUCUUGCAUUUGCUAUUAGCCCUUUGGUUGGAUAUUGGCAAUGGAAGCAGGAAUUCAUAUUUGCAGUAAGAAUUGAAUUCACUCUGGUUUCAUCAAGAAAGUUCUCUGACAGGAUUACCCCAACUAAGUCAGGCUAUAGUCUGAACUGAGUGGUUUUGGCAGUUAACAGGAUCUUAGGCCCCUACUUAUAGAAUAUACUACUAAACCCUUUUUUUGUGUGUGUACCAAACGUUAUUGGUUGUAAUAUCUUGGCCUCUGCCCGAGGAAGUUACCAGCUCAAGCCUUGUGUUGAUUAAUAAAAUUGCAUCUUGUGACUGCUUUUUGUUUUUUAGAUAAUAAAUUCAUGGUUAAAUAAACUAUGCUCUGUUUGUUA